CGUUUCCGUAGAGUUGACCAUUUGGGUUGCUUCUGAGAGGUCAACUUGACUGGCCGUCAAGUUCAGCCACGGCCCAGGUCGUUGUUCAGUUCAACUGGCGAUGAAAUGGGGGUCAACCAGUCCGUGGGCUUUCCACCUGUCACGGGAUCCCACCUCGUAGGCUGUGGGGAUGUGAUGGAGGGUCAGAGUCUCCAGGGGAGCUUCUUUCGACUCUUCUACCCCUGCCAAGAGGCAGAGGAGACCACAGAGCAGCCCCUGUGGAUUCCCCGCUAUGAAUACUGCACUGGCCUGGCUGAUUACCUGAAGUUUAAUAAGCGCUGGGGAGGUUUGCUGUUCAACCUGGCUGUGGGAUCUUGUCGCCUGCCUGUUAGCUGGAAUGGCCCCUUUAAGACGAAGGACUCUGGAUACCCCUUGAUCAUCUUCUCCCAUGGCCUGGGAGCCUUCAGGACACUGUAUUCAGCCUUCUGCAUGGAGCUGGCCUCCCAUGGCUUUGUGGUUGCUGUACCAGAGCACAGGGAUGGGUCAGCUGCAGCAACCUGUUUCUGCAAGCAGCCCCCAGAGGAGAACCAGCCCAACAGCAAGUCACUGGAGGAGGAAUGGAUCCCCCACCGUCAAACUGAGGAAGGGGAGAAGGAAUUCCAUGUCCGGAAUUGCCAGGUGCAUCAGAGGGUAAACGAGUGCCUGAGGGUGUUAACUGUCCUGCAAGAGGCCGCUGCUGGGCAGACUGUCCUCAACACCAUGCCUGGCGGGUUGGAUCUGAUGACCUUGAAGGGCAGCAUUGACAUGAGCCGCGUGGCUGUAAUGGGCCAUUCAUUUGGAGGGGCCACGGCUAUUCUGGCUUUGGCCAAGGAGACCCGAUUUCGGUGUGCUGUGGCUCUGGAUGCUUGGAUGUUUCCUCUGGAACAUGACUUUUACCCCACGGCCAGAGGCCCUAUAUUUUUCAUCAAUGCUGAGAAAUUCCAGACAAUGGAGAGUGUCAACUUGAUGAAGAAGAUUUGUGCCCAGCAUGACCAAUCCAGGAUCAUAACUGUCCUUGGUUCUGUUCAUUGGAGUCAAACUGACUUUCCUUUUGUGGCUGGUAACUGGAUUGCUAAAUUCUUCUCCGCUCAAACCCAUGGGAGCUUGGACCCCUAUAAAGGUCAGGAAACUGUGGUGCGGGCCAUGUUGGCCUUCCUGCAGAAGCACCUUGACCUGAACGAGGACUAUGACCAAUGGAACAACCUCAUUGAAGGCAUCGGACCAUCACUAACCCCAGGGGCCCCACACCAUCUGUCCAGCCUCUAGGCACAACGGGUCACUUGUGAAAGGUCACUGAGCUGAGUUCCCAUUUGGGGCCCGCCCAGGGACACCCAUGUCCUCCUAUCAGGAAGUGGUCAUCAUGACCCUUCUGCACAGAUUGAGAGGAUGUAAUCACACUGCUGAUUGGAUAACCGGGUACUUGGAUCUUGGGUCACUCACUGAUUGGCAAACUGACUUUCUGGGGACUGAGCCCUGAUGGUGUAGGGAACAAGCAGGGGGACGGGGCAAGGGAGGACCCAAGCCCCAAGCUGAGCACUGGGAACGCUAUUAACCCAGCCAGCUGACUCCCUCAUCCUGGGCCAGUGUGGCUUCUGCAGUGGAAGAAAUGGAGCCAAAGGAUGGAGGGAAAAUUCCCACUGUCCGGACCUCUAGCCCAACCUGGUGCUAUUUCUUCCUCCCCCUCCCCCUUCUCCCUCCCCAGUGUUGUUUGGUGAGUUCUAAACACUUUAGGUAGCUUUCUAGGAUAUGGACCACCAUCAGAUUUUCUGUUUAUUUUCAAGCCUUCUCACUGCAUGAAACAUAGUCUCAGGCAUUUAGUCAGGAUGAAGUUAUACUUGUGAGCCCGUGGAAGGGGCAGACAGCAUUGUCCUGAUAGCAUAAGAAGAGAGGCUGAGGGACAGCGGGUACCUCAGAAGCUCUGGAUGUCUUAGAGUUUUGCUGAAAAUGUAGCUUGACAGGAAACAACAGACGUAGGUUGGGGUGGAGAAGGGAGAAUAACAUUGUUAAGUAGCCAUUUGAUCAGGCCCUCACCACAAAAGGGAGGGAGCUUGGUCGGUUUGAAUUCAGGAAGCCUUCCCUAGAGAGAAGUCUUAGGAACACUUUGGUCUUGCCUCUUACCUCAGAUAUCGUGAGCCUCCAACUUGCUCAGAAUCAGGGUGCUGUAGUUGUCUUCUGGCUCUGAGGCCUGAGUCUCAAAUUUAAGUCAAGAUAUAGGUUGAAUUUCCAUUCUGUUCCAUUUUUAAUAUGAAUGAUAUUAAUACUCAUGUUUGCUUAAUGAUAUGUUUGCCUAGAAUAUUUUCUCUAUUUAAACUGCAUUACAGCAAGAUGGGGAGCCAUCUGGAAGUAACUUUUCCUUCUGUCUUUCUUUGAUUGCUUACCACUUGUACCCAUGUAGAAAAAAACUUUGAAAGGAAAGGAAGUCUUCCUAGUGAUCUAGUUCAAAGCUGUCUGGGAACAUCAACCUGAAACACCCCUCUUUAGAGUAGUAAACACUACUCUAAACCUCUCACCUCGGUCCAAGUAGGGGACCCCAGAGGAAGCAAGAGCAAGAGGGAAACGUGUCUCUAUGCAACAGGGCCAAGGUCAGUGUCACCAAAGCAAGCUGGGACUGUCUCCCAUCUCUCAACAGCUAUUCUUUCUCAGAGGUGAAACAGCAGAUCCAUUGAGGCUGUGGACCUACCUGGGGAGGAUCUGUGGAUUCCAGUGAGACAUAGCGUAAGGAGAAUAUCAUUAAAGCCCUAGCUCUAGAGUUUUAUAGUGUGGUUUUGAGUCCAGACUUCACUGCUAGCUGGGUAAAUAUGAGCAAAUUAUGUUCUCUUUUUAGUCUCAGUUCCUGCAUUUCUAAAAUGAGGAUCUGCAUUAUGAAUAGUUAGGAGAAUUAAGUGAAAAGAUGUAUAACCCAUGGAUUAUUUAAAAGUAUGUUUCCUACUUUCCAAACAUGUGAGAUUUUUCUAGUUACCCUAUGGCUGUUGUUUUCUAGCUUAAUUGCUUUUGGUCAGAGAAAAUGACCCACGUGGUUUUCAUUCUGAGACUUGCUUGUUGCCUCAGUGUGAGGUCAAUUUUGUAAAUGUUCCAUGUAUACUUAAUAAGGCUGUACAUUCUGAAGUUGUUGGCUCGCUGUUUUUACUCAAGAACACAUUAUGGAUUUCCUUCUAUGAGAGCACAUACAGAUAUAUUGUAGGGCCUUUUAACCCCUAGACAGGGACCAGAGCCCCUCAGCAAUCACAGAACCAGUAGAAGCCAUCCCUUGUGCCUGGGGCUGGUUCUGCAGAUGCUGAGAAGUCAGUUCUGACAGCAUUAGAGCAUGAGACCCAGCUUCUGCCUUAGACCCAUAAAUAAUGCAGGUAUAUUUUGUAAAGACCUGGACCCUUCCUAGAGAAAGAAGUUGUUCGGAAACUGGAUCCAUCUCCUCUAUUCAGUUCAUGUUCUGGUAAUGACUCAUUUAUCUGAUGUCAUUGGAGUAGGGGAAUUUUCCUCACUGAAAAUUAUCCUUUAAGUCACACAAUAUUAUAUUGACUGUAAUAUUGAAGGGUAAUUUACCAAAAAGAUAAUGCACACACUUCUUAAUGUGAUCUGACCUCAUUUAACUUUUUAGAAUGUUUCAAUCAGGAUAGAUUCAAUUAUACAGUAGUUAACAAACAAUCCCAAAAAGCAAUAAAAGUUUAUUUCUUGCCUAUGCUUCUUGUCCUCUGUGGGUCAGCUCGAGACUGUCCUCUGCAUCAUUUUUUUUUUUUUG